AUGCGACUAGUUGAGCCUAUAGCGGGAUCGAACAGAAACAUCACGUGUGACAACUGGUUCGCAUCCGUGCCUCUAGCCAAACGACUCCGCGAAGAAAAAAAGCUAACUCUUAUUGCCACUCUCCGUAAAAACAAACGUGAGGUACCACCAAACUUUCUACCUGAUUCAAACAGAGAAGUAAAGAGUAGCAUCUUUGGAUUUAAAAAAGACUGCACUCUAGUAUCUUAUGUAGCCAAAAAGAAUAAAGCGGUUUUGAUGAUUUCCACCAUGCAUGACGACGCAAGCAUCGACCCUGAAACAGGAGAUGAAAGGAAGCCCAUGAUAAUAACAUCAUACAACGACACUAAGUAUGGCGUCGACAUUCUUGAUAAAAUGUGUCGUCAGUAUGAUGCAGCAAGAAACUCAAAAAGGUGGCCUCUGACUCUUUUUUUCACUUGCUAA